AUGGCGGGUCUUGCCACCUUCACUCUCACACCCACCAUUUCCUCUAAACCAAAUACUAAACCCCUUUUCCUCCCUUCCCUUAAUUCUUCUCUUUUUGGCCUCCGUUUUCACCUUCCUCAGUUCCGUUCUUGCUCCUCUNCCACCUUCACUCUCACACCCACCAUUUCCUCUAAACCAAAUACUAAACCCCUUUUUCUUCCUUCCCUUAAUUCUUCUCUUUUUGGCCUCCGUUUUCACCUUCCUCAGCUCCGUUCUUGCUCCUCCCUUAUCUAUUAUGCUGCCACUGUCUCCGCCCGCUACGGCGGUGGAGGCGGCCGUGGUAACUUCCGGCCGCCCCCACGUUCUGAUGAUGAUGAAGCCCUUGAUAUUUCCUCUAUCAGGUCAGACAAGGUUAGGCUCAUUGAUGAAAAGCAGAACAUGUUGGGGAUAGUGUCAAAAAUGGAAGCUCUUCAGAAAGCUGAGGAUGCAAGCCUUGACUUGGUGAUUCUAUCUCCAGAAGCAGAUCCGCCGGUUGUCAAAAUGAUGGAUUACAAUAAGUAUAAGUAUGAACUGCAAAAGAAGAAAAAGGAGCAGCAAAAGAAAAAUGCUGCCAGCCGCAUGGAUUUGAAGGAGCUCAAAAUGGGUUACAAUAUUGAUUCUCAUGAUUAUUCAGUGCGUUUGAGAGCUGCCCAGAAGUUUUUGAAAGAUGGCGACAAGGUAAAAAUCAUAGUAAACUUAAAAGGUCGUGAAAAUGAGUUCAGAAAUAAUGCUAUUGAGCUAAUAAAGCGUUUCCAGAAUGACAUUGGCGAGCUUGCAACCGAGGAGAACAAAAGUUUCAGGGAUAGGAACAUGUUCAUAGUUUUGGUACCGAAUAAGGCUAUUGUACAGAAAGGUCAAGAGCAACCGAAGAAAAAGGAAAAAUCAGCAACUGAAGUCUCAGCCAGUGUUUGAGCAUCAGAUGAAUUUAUUAGCAGAUAAUCAUAUGCAUAUGUUUCUAAAGUGAAAUGUGAGAUGCCACCCUGAUAUAUGUCUUGUAUAGAAUUAGUCAAAUACAAGCCUGUAAUAGGAUAUACACUUGUGUAGUCUCUGUAACAGUAGCAAGAAACAUUCAAGUUUUUGUAGUAACAUCUAAUAGGUAAAGUUGAAGUAAGUUGAGCUUUACUUCACUUGUUAUAUUU